AUGACCCCAACUACGAGAAGCAAUGGCUCCAAAACAUCAAUAUCCCGUCCUCCUUCAACAUUUACAAAUGAAAACUCCUCGCCACACCCUCAAUCCCACCCCCAAAAACCAACCAUAGCCAUCAUCGGCACCGGCUGGGCCGGCUGGACUCUCGCUCAAGAGCUUUCCGCCACCACUUCCUCAGCAUCUCCGUACAACAUAAUUGCCAUUUCCCCCUCACGAACCAUGGCUCUCACUCCCCUCCUCGCUUCAGCCGCUUGCUCUAUCUUCGAUUUCCGUCUCGCCGAAGAACCCGUUCGUCGGCGAGAUUCCAAGUUCGAAAAAUAUCAAGCUCUAGUCACAUCUGUUGAUUUCAAAUCGCAAACCAUCAAAUGUAAAGCUUGUAUUGGAGGAAGUGGCGUGAGUGGCGAAUCACUGGAUUCCCCAACUUAUAGUGAUAUCAAAGACGAUGAAGCGCAUUUCGAUGUGAAAUAUGAUAAAUUAAUCUUAGCUCCCGGAUGCGAAACAAAUACUUUUGGAACACCGGGAGUGAAGGAAUUUGCUUUAUUUAUGAAAACAGUACCGGAUGCGAGGAGACUGAGAGAAGGAAUAUUGGAUUGUUUGGAACGAGCUUCUUUACCUACGAUACUCGAGCAAGAAAAAAGGGACAUGUUACAUUUCGCCAUUGUUGGAGGCGGACCCACCGGUAUCGAAUUGGCGGCUGAAAUUGACGAAUUGAUUCAAGAACAUCUUGGAGCAGUAUAUCCAAGACUAAAAGGAUUGUGCACGAUUAGUAUCUACGACGUUGCAGAUCGGCUACUUGGACAAUUCGACGAAAAACUCAGCGAGUACGCCAUGGAAAAAUUCGAAAACAGAGGAUGCGUCAAAGUGAAAACGGGAAAACACAUCGAAGAAAUAAAAAGACAUAGUAUGGCCGUCAAGGAAGAAGGUGAGGUUCCAUUCGGAGUAGUAGUAUGGGCGGUAGGCAACACAGCGGGAAAACUCGUCGAAGAUUUGAAGUGCAGAAAGAGCGAAGGAUUACAGAGAAUUCUCACGGAUAAAUGGCUGAGAGUCCUCAAGCCGGAUUCUGACGGUGUAGAAGGAGCAGGCGCAGAUAUUAUCGAGAAUGUCUACGCGCUCGGGGACGCAGCUGAUAUCCUCAAUAACGAAUUACCGACUACGGCGGAAGUUGCGGUGCAGAAAGCAAAAUGGCUGAAACAACACCUCUUGGGAAAUCCAGAAGAGCUGGGCAAACCAUUUAGUUACGAACAGAAAGAUUUAGUAGCGUAUAUAGGACGAGGUGAUGGGGUCAUACAGGGAAAGAAAGAUUGGACGGGGGCGUCGGCCUGGUUGGCGUGGAGGAGUGGGAGUAUUGCGUGGACGAGGGGAUGGAGGAGGAGGGUUAUGGUGGUGGUGAAUUGGGUUGCCAAUUGGGUUGAUGGGAGGGAGAUUGCUAGACGGUAG